AUGGUGUCUGGCUGUAUGCUUGAGGCCUGGCUGUACCUCCAAGCCUGGCCAAAGCCUGUGUUUGAAGGAGAAGCCCCGACUCUGCGAGGCCAGGGAUGGAAGGACACAGCACUGUCCUUGGUGAAGGUCCACAAAGAUGAAGGAGUCCUUCAUUUCUCUAACAAUCAGACUCUGCCCAUGGGGACAGCAAUGGUGAAAAGCAGUGGCCAGUACGGCUGCAUUGGGCAGGUGGCAGAUGUUCACACAAACUUCAAAAGAUGGUCAAGGUUCAAGUCCAAGGAUUUCAGAAGGGCUUGGCUGUGUGGAAUCAUCUCAGGGCUUGUGGAGCUGUUCCCCUCUCCUGUGCUGAGCACUGUCUCCUCUCCCAAGCUUCCCAAGCUCCCUGAGGGAAGACUGGUGACCCUGAGAUGUCAGGCAAAGCUGCAACCCCAGAGGUCAGCCUCACAGCUCCUCUUCUCCUUCCACUAGGAUGGGUGCACCUUGAAAGACAGAGGCUUCCACCUAGAGUUCUGCAUCCCAGGAGGUAAGGAGGGAGAUUCUGGGCUUUACUGGAGUAAAGGGUGGCCAGGAGGGAGCUGGGAGCCGGGGUGGUCAGGCUGACCCUCUCAUGCUACAUGCUGUCCAGCUCCUGUGUCCCAUCCUCUGCUCACUCUGAAACACAGACCCUCUGGCCCUGCUGUGGGAGGCAUGGUAGAGCACCUCUGGGAGGCCCAGAGGGUCCCUCCAAUCCUGUACUCAUUCUACCUUAAUGAGGAGAUCGUGGGGAACAACUUAGACCUUCAUGGUUGUCAAGUCUUGUCCACCCCCACCAGCAGCAACUGGCCGUCUCCUUGGCUGCCUACAAGCCUGCCUGGCAUGAUGGUCAUUGCUCCUGCACUUCUGGGUUAUUCCAUACCCAGGAGAAGAACUGGCUGUUCACAUCUCCCUCUGCACUGUGGGAAGAAGCUGCAGCUGGCAGGACCUGGAGCCGACAGCACGUCUGCUGGUCCAGCACAGUCACUCGUUGUGCCCCUGCUCAGAGGGCCCCUUCUCUUAAGUCCUUUGAAAGAGCAGUCCAUGUUCUUUGCCGGAUGCAUUCGCGUGCACGAGAUGAGAAUCCAGCGAGUGUUUGGGGAGUGA